UCUUCUGUGAUCAUGAGAGAGAGAAAUGAAGAAUGACCCGUGAUUUUUAAACACCUUGCCUUGGGGAUCUAGUCAUGUUGGAAGGGCUUGUAGCCUGGGUUCUCAAUACCUAUCUGGGGAAAUACGUCAAUAAUCUGAACACUGACCAGCUCUCCGUUGCGCUUCUGAAAGGUGCAGUCGAAUUAGAAAACUUGCCAUUAAAGAAAGAUGCCUUGAAAGAACUGGAGUUACCAUUUGAAGUCAAAGCUGGUUUAAUUGGGAAAGUAACCCUUCAGAUUCCCUUUUAUCGCCCCCAUGUGGACCCUUGGGUGAUCUCCAUCUCCAGCCUUCACUUAAUUGGAGCCCCUGAAAAAAUACAAAAUUUCAAUGAUGAAAAGGAGAAACUGUUGGAGAGGGAACGCAAGAGAGCUCUUCUUCAAGCCCUGGAGGAAAAAUGGAAGAACGAACGCCAGCAGAAAGGGGAAUCCUAUUGGUAUUCCGUCACUGCCUCCGUAGUUACGAGAAUUGUGGAGAAUAUUGAAUUAAAAAUUCAAGAUGUUCACUUGCGCUUCGAAGACGGUAUUACCAAUCCUUCCCACCCUUUUGCCUUUGGCAUCUGCAUUAAGAAUGUGUCCAUGCAAAAUGCGGUGAAUGAGCCUGUGCAGAAGUUAAUGCGGAAAAAGCAGUUAGAUGUGGCAGAGUUUAGCAUCUAUUGGGAUGUCGAUUGCACUUUACUGGGGGAUUUGCCUCAGCUGGAGUUGCAGGAGGCCAUGGGCAAGAGCAUGGAGAGCCGCGAUCAUCACUACAUCUUGGAGCCGGUGUGCGCAUCUGCCCUUUUGAGGAGAAACUGCUCCAAAGAGCCUCUGAGGUCUCGGCACACUCCCCGUUUUGAAUGCGACAUCCAGCUGGAGACCAUCCCCUUGAAACUCUCUCAGCUGCAAUACCGGCAAAUCAUGGGAUUCCUCAAGGAGCUGGAACGGAAGGAGAGGCAGGCGAAGUUUCGAAAAUGGAAACCCAAAGUGGCCAUCUCUGGGAACUGCCGAGAAUGGUGGUACUUUGCCCUGAAUGCUAACCUGCACGAGAUCAGAGAGCAGAGGAAGCGCUGCACCUGGGACUUCCUGUUGUGCCGCGCCCGCGACGCCGUGUCCUACACCGACAAGUACUUCAGCAAACUGAAAGGAGGCCUGCUGUCCGCAGACGACACGGAGGAAAUGUGUCGGAUUGAAGAGGAACAGAGCUUUGAGGAAUUGAAGAUUUUGCGUGAGCUGGUGCACGAACGAUUUCACAAGCAAGAGGAGCUGGCAGAGAGCCUGCGAGAGCCUCAGUUUGAUUCUCCAGGAGACUGUCCUGGAGACCCAGGCAGCGGUGCGGGCAGUGGGAUGCUGCAGUACCUUCAGUCCUGGUUUCCUGGCUGGGGUGGCUGGUCUGGGAAGCCAGUCGAGGGACUGUCAGCAGAGCAGCAUGAGCAGUGGACUCCUGAAGAGAUCCUGGGCACCGAGGACUUUUUUGACCCCGCUGCGGACGCCUCCUGCAUGAACACGUACACCAGGCGGGACCACGUCUUCGCCAAGCUGAACUUGCAGUUGCAGCGGGGCACCGUGACUCUGUCGCACCAGGAGCCAGGCACUCCUCAGACCCAGGAAAGUGCUUUCAUGCAGCUUGAGUUUUCAGAUGUAAAGCUUUUGGCAGAAUCCCUUCCUCGAAGAAAUUCUUCCUUGCUUCUAGUCCGGUUGGGUGGCCUGUUUCUUCGAGACCUGGCCACAGAAGGAACGAUGUUUCCUCUUCUGGUCUUCCCUAAUCCACAAAAAGAAGUUGGCAGAGUUUCACAGUCUUUUGGUCUCCAAACAACAUCUGCAGACAGAAGUGAUCACUACCCUGCUGCAGACUCAGAGGCCCCAGUGUUUGAGAUGCUGUACGAAAGAAACCCAGCGCACAGCCAUUUCGAGCGGCGGCUGAACGUCAGCACCAGGCCCUUGAACAUCGUCUAUAAUCCCCAGGCUAUUAAAAAAGUAGCUGACUUUUUCUACAAGGGAAAGGUUCAUACCUCAGGCUUUGGUUAUCAGUCUGAACUUGAGUUGAGAGUGGCUGAAGCUGCCCGAAGGCAGUACAACAAACUGAAGAUGCAGACCAAGGCAGAAAUCCGUCAAACUCUCGAUCGUCUGCUAGUGGGUGACUUCAUUGAGGACAGUAAACGGUGGACUGUACGACUAGAUAUUUCUGCCCCUCAAGUGAUAUUUCCUGAUGAUUUCAAAUUCAAGAAUCCUGUGUUAGUUGUUGUGGAUCUAGGAAGAAUGCUACUGACAAACACCCAAGAUGACUCUGAGAGGAAGAGUGUGGAUGAGUCAGCCUCUGAAGAGAAUCAGUUUAGUGAUGAUGAGUAUAUGACCCCUCUUGCCACACCUCCUAACACCCCACCCCCUGAGACGAGCAGCAGCAACGAGGAGAAAACACCUCCAUUUUCUAUCAGCGAAGAGCAGCUCCAAGCACAUCUGUUGAGCACAAAGAUGUAUGAGAGGUACUCCCUGUCGUUUAUGGACCUCCAGAUCAUGGUGGGGCGAGUGAAGGACAAUUGGAAGCAUGUCCAGGAUAUCGAUGUGGGGCCAACCCACGUGGUCGAGAAAUUCAAUGUUCACCUACAGUUAGAACGCCGAUUGAUUUAUACUUCAGAUCCCAAGUACCCCGGAGCCGUGCUCUCAGGUAACCUGCCUGACUUAAAGAUCCACAUCAAUGAAGAUAAAAUAUCCGCCCUAAAGAAUUGCUUCGCUCUCCUCACCAUGCCAGAAAUGAAGACUUCUGACUCUCAGAUCAAAGAGAAGAUUUUCCCCCAGGAGGGUCAGCGGGGAACUUUGCAAGACUCUGUCAUGAAUUUAACCCAGAGCAUCGUGAUGUUGGAGCAGCACACCCGGGAGGUUCUGGUGGAGUCACAGCUCCUCCUGGCCGAGUUUAAAGUGAACUGUAUGCAGCUUGGUGUGGAGAGCAACGGCCAGUACAUUUCCGUGCUCAAGGUGUUUGGGACCAACGCUCACUUUGUGAAGAGGCCUUAUGAUGCCGAAGUCUCCCUAACUGUUCAUGGUUUGCUCCUGGUGGACACCAUGCAGACAUAUGGUGCAGAUUUUGACCUUUUGAUGGCGUCACACAAGAACUUGAGCUUUGAUAUCCCAACAGGAAGCCUCCGGGCUAGCAGGUCCCAGUCUCCUGUCUCUGGAUCCAAUGUGGCCCCCUUCACUAAUGUUGUCACUGGGAGCGACCCGUCAGCGGCUAGUGUCUCACUUGACAGAGUUCUCACCAAAGAACAGGAGUCCCUCAUUAAAUUGGAGUAUCAGUUUGUGAGUUCAGAGUGCCCAUCAAUGAAUUUGGAUAGCACUCUCCAGGUGAUUUCAUUGCAGGUAAAUAAUUUGGAUAUUAUUCUAAAUCCAGAGACAAUUGUGGAGCUGAUUGGUUUUCUUCAAAAAUCCUUUCCCAAGGAAAAGGAUGAUUUGAGUCCCCAACCUUUACUGACUGACUUUGAAAGAAGCUUUAGGGAAGAAGAAACUUACCAAGCUACAUAUGAACAAAACACCGAGGUUGCAGUGGAGAUCCACCGACUUAACUUACUGCUCCUCCGGACAGUGGGAAUGGCGAAUGGAGAGAAAUAUGGCAGAAAAAUUGCGACUGCUAGUAUAGGUGGCACCAAAGUCAACGUCUCAAUGGGGAGCAUGUUUGACAUGAAUGGUUCUCUCGGUUGUUUGCAGCUUAUGGAUUUGACACAAGAUAAUAUUAAGAACCAAUAUGUUGUCAGUAUCGGGAAUUCCAUGGGCUAUGAAAAUAUCGUCAGCGACAUCAGUUACUUUGAAUCUGUAUUUGUCAGAAUGGAAGAGGCAACCCUCCAUGAAGCGUUGAGUUUCACAUUUGUGGAGAAAUGGAAGCAGGAAUGUUUUCUCAACCUCAAGAUGGCUUCCCUGCAUUAUAACCACUCUGCUAAAUUUUUGAAGGAGUUGACGUUGUCCAUGGAUGAACUGGAGGAGAAUUUUCGAAGUAUGCUGAAAAGCGCAGCCACCAAAGUCACCACCGUGCUCGCUACCAAGACAGCUGAGUACAGUGAGAUGGUGUCACUCUUCGAAACUCCAAGGAAGACGCGGGAAUCCUUUAGCUUGGAAGACAAUGAGAUCUAUGGGUUUAGCCCAGCUGCCUCUCAUGCUGACACUGUAAAGCUAAUCUUGAACAUAAACAUUGAAUCGCCAGUUGUUUCUAUCCCUCGGAAGCCCGGGAGCCCAGAGUUGUUGGUAGGACACUUGGGACAGAUAUUCAUCCAAAAUUUUGUGGCAGGAGAUGAUGAAUCCAGAAGUGACCGUCUGCAGGUGGAAAUCAAAGACAUCAAAUUGUACUCUUUGAAUUGCACCCAGUUGGCAGGCAGAGAGGGUCCUGGGUCUGACAUAAGCCGGGCGUCUUAUCCUCCCUCUGGGUCUGCCAGUACCAACAGCCAGGAGGAAGCCCAUUUCACCCGACAUGAUUUCUUUGAAUCUUUGCAUAGAGGUCAAGCCUUUCACAUCCUGAACAACACCACCAUUCAAUUUAAACUGGAGAAGAUCCCUAUAGAGAGAGAAUCUGAACUGACUUUCUCCCUUAGUCCAGAUGACCUGGGAACUUCUAGCAUCAUGAAGAUCGAAGGGAAGUUUGUCAAUCCAGUUCAGGUGGUGUUAGCGAAGCAUGUGUAUGAGCAGGUUUUACAAACACUGGACAAUCUCGUGUAUAGUGAAGACCUGAAUAAGUUUCCAGUCAGUGCCGCCUCCUCACCUUGCCCUAACUCUCCUCUGCCUUCCCUCAGUACCUGUGGAGAACCUUCCCUUGAAAGGAAGGAGAAUGGAUUGUUCAGCCACUCCAGCCUUUCUAACUCUUCUCAGAAGUCCUCGUCUGUGAAGGAGGUCAGAUCUUUUACCCAGAUUCAAGCCAACUUUUGUAUAUCAGAGCUUCAAGUUCAGCUAAGUGGUGAUCUGACCUUGGGGGCCCAGGGGCUUGUGAGCUUGAAGUUUCAGGAUUUUGAGGUGGAAUUCAAUAAAGACCAUCCUCAGACCUUAUCCAUUCAGAUUGCCCUGCGUUCUCUGCUGAUGGAAGACUUAUUGGAGAAAAAUCCAGAUUCUAAAUAUAAGAACCUGAUGGUGUCUCGGGGAGCGCCUAAGCCGUCAAGUUUAGCACAAAAAGAAUAUCUCUCUCAGUCUUGCCCUUCGAUAUCCAAUGUGGAGUAUCCUGACAUGCCUCGCUCGCUGCCUUCCCACAUGGAAGAAGCUCCUAAUGUCUUCCAGCUGUAUCAGAGACCUACCUCGGCGUCCAAGAAGAAGCCAAAGGAAGUCCAAGACCAGGACUGUCCCAUGACCCCACCUCCUUCUCCAACAGUAGACGAGCCCAAGACGCUUGCUGGAAAGAGUAAAUUUGAUGAUUCCUUGGUCCACAUCAAUAUAUUCUUAGUGGACAAGAAACACCCAGAAUUCUCUUCCAUGUACAACCGAAUUAACCGGAGCGUUGAUGUUGAUUUUAACUGCUUGGAUGUGCUCAUCACACUGCAAACUUGGGUCGUGAUACUAGAUUUUUUUGGAAUUGGUUCCACUGCAGACAACCAUGCAAUGAAGGUACCUACGCCUGAGGACCUUCUACAAAACGUGAAGUCAGAAGCAAAUGCCCUGCCAGAGCCUGAACUUCAGGAUCCAGUUAACACCAGGCUGGAUCUCAAGGUUCAUUCACUCUCUCUCGUGCUGAAUAAGACCACCAGUGAGCUUGCUAAAGCAAAUGUGUCCAAAUUAGUGGCACACCUGGAAAUGAUUGACGGAGACCUGGCCUUGCAGGGCAGCAUCGGGAGCCUCACCACCAGUGGGCAAGAAGCACUCAUCUUCCAGACUUUUAAGUAUGGACGGCCCGACCCUCUGCUGCGGAGGGAGCACGACAUUCGCGUGAGCCUCCAGAUGGCCUCGGUGCAGUACGUGCACACCCAGCGCUUCCAGGCGGAGGUGGUGGCCUUCAUUCAGCACUUCACUCAGCUGCAGGACGUCCUGGGGCGCCAGCGGGCCGCGAUUGAGGGCCAGACGGUGAGAGAUCAAGCCCAGCGCUGCUCACGGGUUCUCCUGGAUAUCGAGGCUGGUGCUCCUGUUCUCCUUAUCCCAGAAAGUUCCAGAUCAAAUAAUCUGAUUGUAGCAAAUUUGGGGAAGUUGAAAGUCAAGAACAGGUUUCUCUUUGCUGGUUUUCCUGGGACCUUUUCCUUACAAGAUAAGGAAUCGGUGCCUUCAGCUUCCCCGGUGAGCUUUCCCAAACACAGCAUGAGGAAGACGACGAGCACGGAGGACCCGAAGGACAGCCACACGCCGCCUGCUGGAGUGGGUGUAGGCGCCCUGAAGAGUGAGCUCAUGCCCAGUGCCUCGACCAAGCAGCAAGGGCAGCAAGCCACACCCUCUGUCGGCCAGGUUUCCAGUAGUCCAGAAGACCAUGUCUGCCUGCUGGAUUGCAUUGUCGUGGAUCUGCAAGACAUGGACAUCUUUGCUGCCGAGAGACGUCCCCGGGAGUAUUCGAAGGCCUCAGACGACAGCAGUGGAGAUCUGGUCUUUCCCUCCUAUUUUGUGCGACAGACGGGAGGCAGCCUCUUAACUGAGCCUUGCCGGCUGAAAUUGCAGGUGGAAAGGAAUUUGGACAGAGAGAUAAGUCAUACUGUGCCGGACAUAUCCAUCCAUGGCAACCUCUCCUCAGUCCACUGCUCCCUGGAUUUGUACAAAUACAAGCUGAUCCGUGGUUUACUAGAGAACAACCUGGGAGAGCCCAUAGAGGAAUUCAUGCGGCCUUAUGAUUUACAGGACCCAAGAAUUCACACGGUCCUGAGUGGAGAGGUGUACACAUGCAUGUGCUUCCUCAUGGACAUGGUAAAUGUGAGUCUGGAGCUGAAGGAUCCAAAAGGAAGAGAAGGUGCUGGGUCCCUGGCGAGAUUUGACUUUAAGAAAUGUAAACUGCUCUUUGAGAGCUUUUCCAACCAAACCAAGUCCGUUAACUUGGUUUCCCAUUCCAUGAUGGCUUUUGACACCCGCUAUGCUGGGCAGAAGGCCAGUCCUGGCACGACCAACGUCUUCAGCUGUAUCUUUCAGCCCUCCAAGAACAGCAGCACAACCCAAGGAUCCAUUCAGAUCGAGUUGCAUUUCAGAUCUACGAAGGAUUCCUCCUGUUUUACGGUCGUUCUCAACAAUCUCCGAGUGUUUCUCAUAUUUGACUGGCUGCUGUUAGUCCAUGAUUUUCUCCACACUCCCAGUGACAUUAAGAAACAAGCUAAUGUUACCCCUUCUCGCCACCGGAAUUCUAGCAGUGAAUCUGCUGUAGUUCCCAAAACUGUGAAGAGUGGAGUAGUUACCAGGCGGUCUUCCCUUCCUGUAUCCACUGAAAAGCACUUGGAGGUCAAGGUCAAUGUAACAGGUACAGAGUUUGUGGUCGUGGAAGACGUGUCCUGCUUUGACACCAACGCCAUUAUUCUCAAAGGCACCACAGUGCUUACCUACAAGCCCCGAUUUGUGGAUCGCCCCUUUUCAGGAAGUUUGUUUGGUAUCGAGGUGUUUUCAUGCCGACUGGGGAAUGAACAUGAUACGGCUCUUUCGAUUGUUGAUCCAGUACAAAUUCAGGUGGAGCUGGUGGGGAAUUCUUCUUAUCAGAACAGCUCAGGACUGAUGGAUGCGUUCAACAGCACAGAUUUCCCACCGAUCCUGGAGAUUCAGUUACAAGCCCUGGAUAUCAGACUCUCCUAUAAUGAUGUUCAGCUGUUUCUUGCUAUUGCAAAAUCCAUCCCUGAGCAAGCUAAUACUGCAGUGCCCGACACGGUGGCCUCGGAGGCCAGCUCCGUUAGCAGUGGCCUUUCUGGUGCGACUCGAGUUGGAGAGGAAAUCAGAGAAGGGACAAGACAUACCUUAGAUCCUGUCUUGGAGUUACAGCUGGCUCGACUGCAGGAGCUGGGAUUCAGCAUGGACGAUUGUCGCAAGGCUCUUUUGGUGUGCCAAGGCCAGUUAAAAAAGGCAGCAAGUUGGUUGUUUUCCCUGGCCUCUAAUAGCCAAGAGAGCCAGGGGACCGCACCAGCUCAGUUGAUCUCGGGCGUGGAGAUUAAGGCUGAGAGUGUGUGCAUCUGCUUCAUCGAUGACUGCAUGGACCGUGAUGUUCCUCUUGCCGAGCUCACCUUUUCCCGUCUGAAUUUUCUUCAGCGCAUAAGAACCAGCCCCGAAGGCCACGCCCACUUCACCCUUUCUGGAGAUUAUUACAACCGGGCUCUGUCAGGCUGGGAGCCAUUUCUUGAGCCCUGGCCGUGCACUGUAUCCUGGCAACAGCAGGCAGCUAGUCGUCUCCAUCCUCCUCGGCUGAAGCUGGAAGCCAAGGCCAAAACCCGUUUGGACGUCAAUAUCACUUCAGUACUAAUUGAUCAGUAUGUGAGUACCAAGGAAUCAUGGAUGGCAGAUUACUGUAAAGAGGACAAGGAAAUAGAAUCAACUGCAACAGAAGACUGGAUGGGCUCUUCAGUGGAUCCUCCCUGCUUUGGACAAAGCCUCCCCCUUGUCUACCUUAGAACUAGGAGUACAGCCAGUCUGACUAACCUAGAGCACCAGAUGUAUGCUAGAGAGGUGAAGACCCCCAAGCGCCGGCAGCCCUUUGUCCCUUUUGCUCUGAGGAAUCACACAGGCUGCACUCUGUGGUUCGCCACCCUGACCACCACACCCACCAGGGCUGCACUGUCUCACAGCGGGAGUCCAGGGGGAGUUCCAGAAGGGGACGGAACAUUUCUCGAUGACACUCACAAUGUCAGUGAGUGGCGGGAAGUCCUCACAGGUGAAGAGAUUCCCUUUGAAUUUGAAGCACGUGGAAAGCUAAGACACAGACACACCCAUGACCUCCGGAUUCACCAACUACAAGUGAGAGUAAAUGGUUGGGAGCAAGUGAGCCCUGUGUCUGUGGACAAAGUUGGGACCUUUUUCCGAUACGCAGCGCCAGAUAAGAAUUCAUCUUCCUCUACGAUUGGCAGCCCAAGCAGCAGGACAAAUAUUAUCCAUCCCCAGGUUUACUUCUCAGCACUCCCGCCUGUCCGGGUGGUCUUUGCCGUGACCAUGGAAGGCAGUGCUCGCAAAGUGAUCACUGUCCGGUCUGCCCUCAUUGUGAAGAACAGACUUGAGACACCAAUGGAACUAAGACUGGACAGCCCAUCAGCUCCGGACAGUAAGCUGGUGCUUCCUGCUGUCAUGCCGGGGGACUCCUUUGCUGUGCCUUUACACCUCACUUCUUGGCGGCUGCAGGCCCGGCCCAAAGGGUUGGGCGUAUUUUUCUGUAAGGCUCCUAUCCACUGGACGAAUGUAGUGAAGACAGCAGAGGUUAGUAGCAGCAAACGAGAGUGCCAUUCCAUGGACACAGAGAAAAACCGAUUCUUCAGGUUUUGUGUGGCCAUAAAGAAAGAGAAUUAUCCAGAUUACAUGCCCUCAAACAUAUUUUCUGAUAGUGCAAAACAGAUUUUCAGGCAGCCGGGGCAUACCAUAUAUCUCCUGCCAACUGUGGUAAUCUGCAACCUGCUUCCUUGCGAACUGGAUUUUUAUGUUAAAGGAAUGCCCAUUAAUGGGACCCUGAAACCUGGCAAAGAGGUGGCUCUCCACACUGCUGACACGGCCCAGAACAUUGAACUGGGGGUAUCACUGGAGAAUUUUCCACUCUGUAAAGAAUUGCUCAUUCCACCUGGAACCCAAAACUAUAUGGUAAGAAUGCGUCUCUAUGAUACCAACCGGCGGCAGCUGAACCUCACCAUCCGGAUUGUGUGUCGAGCAGAAGGAUCCCUAAAGAUCUUCAUUUCGGCUCCAUAUUGGUUGAUUAACAAAACAGGGUUACCGCUGAUCUUCAGACAGGACAACACAAAGACAGAUGCUGCAGGCCAGUUCGAGGAGCAUGAGCUGGCCCGGAGCCUGAGCCCCCUCCUAUUCUGCUACGCUGACAAAGAGCAGCCAAACCUCUGCACGAUGCGGAUCGGAAGGGGGAUUCAUCCUGAAGGCAUGCCGGGCUGGUGUCAGGGCUUCUCCCUGGAUGGUGGGAGUGGUGUCCGAGCUCUGAAAGUCAUCCAGCACGGAAACCGCCCAGGGCUGAUCUAUAACAUUGGUAUUGAUGUCAAGAAAGGCCGAGGUCGAUAUAUUGACACCUGUAUGGUCAUCUUUGCCCCCCGUUACCUGUUAGAUAAUAAAUCAUCUCACAAGCUUGCAUUCGCGCAGAGGGAAUUUGCCAGGGGACAGGGAACAGCCAAUCCCGAAGGUUACAUUUCUACCCUUCCUGGUUCCAGUGUGGUGUUCCAUUGGCCUCGGAAUGACUAUGAUCAGCUGUUGUGUGUCCGAUUAAUGGAUGUUCCCAAUUGUAUUUGGUCUGGAGGCUUUGAGGUCAACAAGAAUAAUUCUUUCCACAUCAACAUGAGAGAUACCUUGGGAAAAUGCUUCUUCUUGCGCGUGGAAAUUACACUCCGAGGAGCUACCUAUAGGAUCUCCUUUAGUGACACAGACCAGCUGCCCCCUCCUUUCCGAAUUGACAACUUUUCUAAGGUCCCAGUUGUCUUUACUCAGCACGGUGUAGCUGAGCCCAGGCUCCGAACUGAAGUGAAGCCCAUGACCUCCUUGGAUUACGCCUGGGAUGAACCCGCCCUGCCACCGUUUAUCACUCUGACUGUUAAAGGGGCAGGCUCCUCUGAGAUCAAUUGCAACAUGAAUGAUUUCCAGGAUAACCGACAGCUUUAUUAUGAAAAUUUCAUUUACAUUGCUGCUACAUACACAUUCUCCGGUUUACAGGAGGGAACUGGAAGGCCUGUGGCUUCCAACAAGGCCGUUACCUGUGCAGAGCUCGUCUUAGAUGUCUCGCCAAAGACACAAAGAGUCAUUUUAAAGAAGAAGGAACCAGGGAAGCGUUCUCAGCUGUGGAGGAUGACCGGGACCGGCAUGCUGGCCCAUGAGGGCUCGUCAGUGCCUCACAACCCCAACAAGCCCUCAGCAGCCCGAUCCACUGAGGGCUCUGCCAUCUUAGAUAUUGCUGGGCUAGCAGCUGUAACUGACAACAGGUAUGAGCCGCUGAUGCUCAGGAAGCCUGAUCGCAGGAGAAGCACAACCCAGACCUGGAGUUUCCGCGAAGGAAAACUGACCUGCGGGUUACACGGGCUGGUUGUCCAGGCCAAAGGAGGGCUCUCUGGUUUGUUUGAUGGAGCUGAAGUCGUUCUUGGUCCUGACACUUCCAUGGAGAUUUUGGGGCCAGUUCCACCUGAACAACAGUUUAUUAACCAAAAACUGAGGCCUGGUUCUGGAAUUUUAUCUAUCAGAGUCAUCCCAGAUGGACCAACUAGAGCAUUGCAGAUAACGGAUUUCUCCCAACGGAAAAGUGACCGUUCAUCAUAUGAAGUGGAUGAACUUCCUGUUACUGAACAAGAGCUACAGAAAUUAAAGAACCCAGGCACAGAGCAGGAAUUAGAAGUGCUUGUGAAGUUAGAAGGUGGACUCGGGUUGUCCUUAAUUAAUAAAGUCCCAGAAGAACUGGUCUUUGCAAGUCUUACAGGAAUCAAUGUGCACUAUACACAGUUGGCUACCAGUCAUAUGCUUGAGCUCAGCAUACAGGAUGUACAGGUGGACAAUCAGCUCAUUGGUACCACUCAGCCCUUCAUGCUCUACGUGACACCCCUGAGCAAUGAGAAUGAGGUCAUUGAGACAGGCCCUGCCGUGCAGGUGAAUGCGGUGAAGUUCCCCAGUAAGAGUGCGCUGACCAACAUCUACAAGCACCUGAUGGUCACGGCUCAGAGGUUCACGGUGCAGAUCGAAGAGAAGCUGCUCCUCAAGCUGCUGAGUUUCUUUGGCUACGAUCAAGCAGAAUCAGAGGUUGAAAAAUAUGACGAAAACCUCCACGAAAAGACAGAUGAGCAAGGAGGAACACCCAUUCGCUACUACUUUGAAAAUCUCAAGAUCAGCAUUCCCCAGAUCAGGCUGAGCGUGUUCACCUCCAACAAGUUACCCCUGGACCUGAAGGCUCUAAAAAGUACCUUGGGAUUUCCAUUGAUUCGGUUCGAAGAUGCUGUGAUUAAUCUGGAUCCAUUCACUCGGGUCCAUCCCUAUGAGACCAAGGAGUUCAUCAUCAAUGACAUCCUCAAACAUUUCCAGGAGGAACUCCUCAGCCAGGCAGCGCGGAUCCUGGGGUCCGUGGACUUCCUUGGCAAUCCCAUGGGGCUUCUGAAUGACGUUUCUGAGGGGGUCACUGGACUGAUAAAGUAUGGAAAUGUCGGGGGCCUUAUCCGAAAUGUUACCCAUGGAGUGUCUAACUCUGCUGCCAAGUUUGCGGGGACCUUGUCGGAUGGCUUAGGAAAGACGAUGGACAACCGGCAUCAGUCGGAGAGGGAGUACAUCAGAUACCAUGCAGCCACCAGUGGCGAACACCUGGUCGCCGGCAUCCACGGCCUGGCCCACGGUAUCAUUGGUGGAUUGACCAGUGUUAUAACCUCAACAGUGGAAGGUGUGAAAACGGAAGGGGGUGUCAGCGGUUUCAUAUCUGGCCUUGGGAAAGGGCUUGUUGGCACUGUAACCAAGCCAGUGGCAGGCGCCCUGGAUUUUGCAUCAGAAACAGCCCAGGCGGUGAGAGACACAGCCACACUUAGUGGCCCCAGGACGCAGGCGCAGAGGGUGCGGAAGCCGCGCUGCUGCACGGGGCCCCGCGGGUUGCUCCCCCGCUACUCGGAGAGCCAGGCCGAAGGGCAGGAGCAGCUCUUCAAGCUGACGGACAACAUACAGGACGAGUUCUUCAUCGCCGUGGAGAACAUCGACAGCUACUGCGUGCUCAUCUCCUCCAAGGCGGUCUACUUCCUGAAAAGCGGGGACUACGUAGACCGGGAAGCCAUUUUCCUGGAAGUCAAGUACGACGAUCUCUACCACUGCCUCGUCUCCAAAGACCACGGGAAGGUGUACGUGCAGGUGACCAAGAAGGCGGUGAACACGAGCAGCGGAGUGUCCAUCCCCGGCCCGUCCCAGCAGAAGCCCAUGGUCCACGUGAAAUCGGAGGUCCUCGCGGUCAAGCUAUCCCAGGAGAUAAACUAUGCGAAGAGCCUGUACUAUGAACAGCAGCUGAUGCUGAGGCUCAGUGAGAACCAGGAGCAGCUGGAGCUGGACUCCUGAGGCUGAGGCUGCGCGGGGCUCGGACCCCCCUGCCAGCCGGAGCCUGAGGUAGAGGCCAAGCCUCAGCUCGGUUUGGGGGACGAUCUCAAGGAACGAGAGGAAGCAAUGCUGAUGGGGACACUAAUGGAAACCAACCGCAUUGAUCUGUGGGCCAGGGGUCACUUUAGAUUAUGGGGACGUAAUUUUUUAAAGGUAUCGGUUGAAUAACGUUAAAAAGUGUCUGAGAUGAACCUAAUUUUUGGACUGCCCUGUAUUUUGUUACCAUGUAUAUAUGUACAACUGUGUUUGUAAAUAUGUAGGCGUAUUUCCCAGCAGGGCCUGUGAUGUGUGUAAAGGCUUAUUGACUGUAAAGUAAUAUAAAGUUAUAUUGGAUCUUCUGUU